GUAGCGCAGUUAAAACAUCCAUGGGUGGUUGUGUGGGCAGUCACCAUGAUUCUUCAGGCAGUCUAAACGAAAACUCUGACGGAACUGGAGUGGCUCUUGGGCGUAACCAGGCCUUGAAGAGAGAGAAGCCCAAAUGGAAGAGUGACUAUCCAAUGACGGACGGCCAGCUGCGCAGUAAGCGGGAUGAGUUCUGGGACACUGCGCCUGCCUUCGAGGGCCGCAAGGAGAUCUGGGACGCACUCAGGGCCGCCGCCCAGGCCUUCGAGAGCAACGACCAUGAACUGGCCCAGGCCAUCAUCGACGGGGCCAGCAUAACAUUGCCACACGCACAGGAAGGGGAUGCCGGCAUUCGGAUGCAGAGAGGGGAGGUGGAGUUCAAGAAGAACGGCUGGCAGUAA